AUGGAAGAAAUUCAAAAAUAUGAAGAAUUUAUGUCCUGCCAAUACAAAUCACCAGAUUCAGCAGAACAUGUAAAGAUAGUUUUUCGAAACACAUUAAAAAAACACAUAUGUAUUUAUUGGAUUACUCAUAAUGGAAAUUUUAUGUUAUAUGGUUUAAUUCCAUAUGGUAAAAGUCUUACGAUAGAUUCUUAUACAGGUCAUCUUUGGUGUGCAAGGAAUUUUAAAAAUGGUAAUCUAGUUGGAUUAAAAUUUUCACACGAGAAUGAUUCUUCAUUUGUUAAAGCAAUACCUUGUCCUAAAGAACUUAAUGACCACCAAAGAAAUUAUGCUUUGUGUUUUCCGAUAGAUGAAGUAAAAUCAUUAAAAGAUAUAUUAAUAACAUAUUUUUCAAAUUUAUCACAAAAAAUUCCAUUAGAAGAAUUGCCUUUACCUGAAAGUGUUGUAAGAAAUAUAACGGCAGUUGCAUCUUUUGUUAAAGAUUACCGAGCUAAGACUCACAGAGAAUUUACAACAGCCAUAAUGCAGAGACCAUAG